AUGUAUUUUGCGAUGAUCCAGACCUGCUAGAGUGAGGGAAACGGAACUAUAUCCGGAGGAAAAAAAAAGGGGAUUAAAGUGCUGUUUUUCACCGAACAACCAAAAGAAAAAACGGCCGGGUUGUGUCUUCAGCAGCAGGCAGCGAACGGCGACUGCGGGUCGACACUGUUGGAAUUAACCGGAGAGGGGUCUUGAGAGGAGAGCUCCACUUGGAUGCCCAGUCACAGUGUUCGUCCCAAGGCUUCACCAUGAACCGGAACAAGCGUGAAAAGGAGUACUACAGUAUAGAUGUGGGCGAUUCAACUUUUAUGGUUUUAAAGCGCUACCAGAACCUCAGACCCAUCGGAUCCGGAGCACAGGGAAUUGUCUGUUCAGCGUAUGACCACAAUUUGGAGAGGAACGUUGCCAUCAAGAAGCUGAGCCGACCCUUUCAGAAUCAAACUCACGCAAAACGGGCCUACAGAGAACUGGUGCUCAUGAAAUGUGUCAACCAUAAGAACAUAAUCGGCCUAUUAAACGUAUUCACACCACAGAAGACACUGGAAGAAUUCCAAGAUGUGUAUCUUGUGAUGGAGCUGAUGGAUGCCAACCUCUGCCAGGUGAUUCAGAUGGAGCUGGACCACGAGAGGCUUUCCUACCUGCUCUACCAGAUGCUGUGUGGAAUCAAACACCUACACGCCGCAGGCAUCAUACACAGGGACCUGAAGCCCAGUAACAUCGUGGUGAAGUCUGACUGUACUCUAAAGAUCCUGGACUUUGGCCUGGCCAGGACAGCCGCCACCGGCCUCCUCAUGACGCCUUAUGUGGUCACCCGCUACUACCGCGCCCCUGAAGUCAUCCUGGGCAUGGGCUACCAGGCCAAUGUUGAUGUCUGGUCUGUUGGCUGCAUCAUGGCUGAAAUGGUCCGGGGUAGUGUGUUGUUUCCAGGCACUGAUCAUAUCGACCAGUGGAAUAAGGUCAUCGAACAGCUGGGGACGCCAUCCCAGGAGUUCCUGAUGAAACUCAACCAGUCAGUGAGGACUUACGUGGAGAACCGGCCACGGUAUGCUGGCUACAGCUUCGAGAAGCUCUUCCCCGACGUCCUGUUUCCUGCAGACUCUGAACACAACAAACUGAAAGCGAGCCAAGCCCGAGACCUACUAUCCAAGAUGCUGGUGAUCGAUGCGUCAAAACGGAUCUCAGUGGAUGAGGCUCUCCAGCACCCGUAUAUCAAUGUGUGGUAUGACCCCACUGAAGUGGAGGCGCCACCACCAGUGAUCACAGACAAGCAGCUGGACGAGAGAGAGCACACAGUGGAGGAGUGGAAAGAAUUGAUAUAUAAAGAAGUGUUGGACUGGGAAGAAAGGACAAAGAACGGCGUCAUCAGGGGACAACCAGCGUCCAUAGGUGCAACAGUGAGCAGCAGCCCCGACCAGCACCACCAGCACCACCCCUCCACGUCCUCCUCCGCCUCCAUGUCCACCGACCCGACCCUGACCGACACCGACAGCAGCCUGGAGACAGCCAGCACCGCCGCUGUCGCCACCGCCGCUGCUACUACCGCUGGCCCCCUGGGCUGCUGCAGAUGACUAUCAUCUACUCCUCCUGAUCCUGGUCCUGGUCCUGGUCCUGGGCUGGGCUGGGCUGGGCUGGGCUGGGCCACUCUCCCUGGUCACCUUUGAGACCACCAGCCUGACACUGGCUCUUGGCCCCGCCCCCUGCAUCUGCCUCCUCCCACCUCCUCUAUGUGCUUGUCUUCAGUAGUUUAGCGAUUAGCCAGCUAGCUGUUUGAGAAAUAUUUCUGAAAGGACAGAUCUUUUUUCCUUUUUUUA